AUGGUUGAAGAGAUGAAACAAUUCUUCAUUCUUGCAACCUUGUUAACAAUAGUUCUAAUUUCAUCUACCCUUGUCCCAUUUGUGGUUUGUGAACCAGAGGUCAUACCUGCGGAUUCAUCUAAACUUGACGAAUGGAUUGGCCAAAACAUCAAAGAAUACGUAGAAACAAAAAGUUUGAAUGACGAAAAAGGUGCUCGUUUGGACGAUGUUUUGGCCACCGCGGAGGCUGGUUUUCAAGUGAUAACUGUCAGGAAAGAUGGUAAGGGAGAUUUUAAGACGAUUUCUAAUGCAGUGAAAAGCAUUCCAUCAGGGAACACAAAGAGGAUGGUAAUUAAAAUUGAAGCAGGUGAGUAUCGAGAAAAGAUCACCAUUGAUAUGUCCAAGAGGUUUAUAACGUUUUUUGGGGAUCCAAAAAGCAUGCCAAAGAUUGUGUUUGAUGGAACAGCAGCCAAAUAUGGCACGGUGGAUAGCGCUACUGUGGCCGUAGAGAGUGACUACUUUGUGGCUAUUAACAUUGAAUUUGUCAAUUCAUCUCCAAUGCCGGAUGCCAAAAGAGACGAUCAACAGGCAGUGGCCUUGAGAAUAUCAGGAGAUAAGGCUGCGUUCCAUAACUGCAAGUUCAUUGGUUAUCAAGACACCUUAUGUGAUUUUGUUGGCAGACAUUUGUUCAGAGACUGUUACAUUGAAGGCACCGUUGAUUUCAUCUUUGGAGAUGGCCAAUCCUUAUACUUGAACUCGACUAUAAAAUCGGUGGCAAAAGAUUUAUCAGUAAUAACAGCACAUGGCAGACAAGACGUGAGCGGCUCAAGUGGAUUCGCAUUUGUCCAUUGCAAAAUAAUCGGCAGUGGUGACACAUACCUUGGGCGGGCAUGGAAGAAAAGCCCUAGGGUGAUAUUUGCUUACACAUACAUGGGUGAACACAUCAACGACCAAGGAUGGCUUAAUGGCAUGGCUGGAGAAUCUAAAAACAGUCAAAAAAACGUAUAUUAUGGAGAGUACAAGUGCAUGGGACCAGGUGCUGAUUCUACUGGUCGAGCCAAAUUUGCCAAGAUACUAUCAGAUAAAGAAGCUGAGCCCUUUUUAAGCAUGACUUACCUCAAUGGAAACAAGUGGGUUCUUCCACCUCCCAAGGUGUGA